AUGGCAGCCAGCAAGAGCCGUGCAUCCACUACAGAAAAUAAGGAUGGUGAUUUAGCUGAUAGUCCGAAGAAGUCACCUGAAAUUAAAACAAGGUUAUUGGUUGGUGAAGGUAAUUUUUCUUUUACUAGGGUGCUAUUAGAAAAGCAUCCUUUUAAAAAUGAGAAAAUCCUUGCUACUGAGCUGAAAACAGACUAUGAAAUAUAUGUGAAACCUGAAUAUAGGGGCGACGGUGAACAUAGAUACAAAACGAGAGCACGUGAAAACCAUGAAGAUGUCAAAAACUGCCUAAACGAAUUGAAAUCAAUAAGCAACUUAACUCUUCAAUUCGGAAUCGACGCAACAAAACUCGAUGAGCACUAUGAGGGUCGACGAUUUCAUCGAAUAUAUUUCAACUUUCCAUGCGCACCUGACAUGACGGAAACAGCGAAGAUGGUCGAAAAAUUUUUCAUAUCUGCUAGAAAAGUACAAAGAAGAGGUCAUCAAAUACUGUUGACACUUGUAUGUCGACUCGAUAGCAAUAACGAAACAGAUGAAGAGCAACGCAUAUAUUGGCAUGGACGUAUUUACGGCAUAGUAAAAGCAAGCCAGGCAGGUGGUUAUCGUUUGAUUGAAAAACGACGCUUCAGUGAUUCCACGAAUGAAAAAGACCCACACCGUUAUGGUAAAAUGAAAUCUGGUAAUAAAUAUAUACAUGAGCGCACAAAGCGUGAAGAAUCGUGCGGGUAUGCUGAAGACGCACGACAAUAUGUAUUUGAAAAAGUCAAACGCUUCGAAUACAAUGAAGCAGAUAUUGUCUAUAUCAAUCGUUAUCACAACCCAUAUUUCAAAAAAGAUAUGGAUAAUAGUCCAAAUACAGAUGAUGAAUCUUGA